UUCUCAAUAUAUAAAAAUACAUAUCUAUUUAUAAUAUAUAUUUAUCACUCUUUUACAUAUAAAAUCCCUCCAAAAAAAUCUUGAACAAUGCCCUCAAGGGCCAUGCAAGGUAUCACCUUGUGUUUGAUCCGGGCUAUCUCAAUAGCCAUCCUAUUGAGUUCAGGCCGGGUCGAGGCCCGAAGAAAUAUCGAUGACAUGAACGUCAUCGACAAGUGCUGGAGAACGAACCCGGACUGGCGAAGAAACCGCCAACAACUAGCUACGUGUGCCGUUGGAUUCGCCGGUCAAAUGUUCAACAACAUCGGAGACGACGUGAUCAACUACAAAGUAACGGACCCUAGCGACGACCCCUUGAGCCCGAGGCCCGGUACGUUGAGGCAUGCCAUGACGAGCAUCACAGGCAAGAUUUGGAUCACAUUCAAGAGGCACAUGAACAUCACACUUUCCAAACCCCUCCUUGUUAGUAGCUUGACAACAAUUGAUGCAAGAGGUGCCAAUGUCCACAUUGCAAAUGGUGGAUGCCUACUUAUUAAACAGGCCAAUAAUGUGAUUAUCCAUGGCCUCUACAUCCAUGAUUGCAAGCCGCAAGAGCCCGGCCCGGUGAAGGGCCCGGGAGGGGAGAUCAUGCAUUUGGGCCCAACAGACGGGGACGCGAUCAGGAUUGUGUCAUCUUCGAGGAUAUGGAUCGAUCAUAACACAAUGUACGACAGUGUGGAUGGGUUGAUUGAUGUCACAAGAGGAUCAACAGACAUCACGAUAUCGAACAACUGGUUUAGGUUUCAAGAUAAAGUGAUGCUUCUCGGGCACGAUGACGGCUUUAGGAGGGAUCAAAACAUGAGGGUCACAGUUGCCUUCAACCAUUUCGGCCCGAACUGCGUGCAAAGAAUGCCAAGGAUUCGAUUUGGAUAUGCACAUGUUGUCAACAACCUUUACCUAGGAUGGGGGAUAUAUGCAAUUGGAGGGAGCAUGAACCCUAGCAUCAAGAGCCAAGCAAACCUCUUCAUUGCUCCAAAGGGAGGCAACAAGGAGAUAACAUGGGAUAGUGGUCUCACCGGCAACUUCAAAUCUAUCGAGGAUGUGUUCGAGAAUGGAGCCUCGUUCACGACGACGGUCGAUGCAGGUGCCACAAUGAGGCCAAACUAUGCACCAGAUCAAAUGUUUGAAGUUGAAGAUGGGUUGAGAGUGAGGGACUUGACAAAAUCUGCUGGUGUUUUGAAGUGUCCUAAAAUAGCUAGAUGCUAAGGCAAUAACAAGAGUGAAUCUUUUGAGAAAUAUCUUCAUGUGCUAAUAAUAUAAUUUAAAAGACAAUACUAUUCAUAUUGUCUCAAAUUUCACCA